AUGUCUCGCGCACCUGCGGCAAGCGGAAGCUCCAGAAGGAUCUCCUUCAACGUCUCCGAGCAGUACGACAUCCAGGAUGUGGUAGGCGAGGGUGCGUAUGGCGUUGUUUGUUCCGCUCUGCACAAGCCCUCGGGUCAAAAGGUCGCCAUCAAGAAGAUCACACCCUUCGAUCACUCCAUGUUCUGUCUGAGGACUCUCCGUGAAAUGAAGCUCCUCAGGUACUUCAAUCACGAAAACAUCAUCUCCAUCCUCGACAUCCAGAAACCCCGCAACUAUGAGACAUUCACAGAGGUCUAUCUGAUUCAAGAGCUGAUGGAAACGGACAUGCAUCGCGUCAUUCGUACCCAAGAGCUCUCCGACGACCAUUGCCAGUAUUUCAUCUAUCAGACUUUACGUGCUCUUAAGGCCAUGCACUCUGCAAACGUCCUGCAUCGCGACUUGAAGCCCUCCAAUCUCCUACUAAACGCCAACUGCGAUCUCAAAGUGUGCGACUUUGGUCUUGCGCGAUCAGCAGCUUCCACUGAGGAUAACUCGGGAUUCAUGACCGAAUACGUCGCAACCCGCUGGUACAGGGCCCCCGAGAUUAUGCUUACGUUCAAGGAGUACACCAAGGCAAUCGAUGUUUGGAGUGUGGGCUGCAUCCUGGCCGAGAUGCUUAGUGGCAAACCACUGUUCCCAGGAAAGGACUACCACCAUCAACUGACAUUGAUCCUGGAUGUCCUUGGCACACCGACGAUGGAGGACUACUACGGUAUCAAGUCUAGGCGUGCACGAGAGUACAUUCGCUCCCUGCCUUUCAAGAAGAAGAUUCCUUGGAAGGCCAUGUUCCCAAGGACCUCUGACCUCGCCCUGGACCUUCUGGAGAAGCUGCUUGCCUUCAACCCCAUGAAGCGCAUCACUGUCGAGGAGGCACUAAAGCACCCAUAUCUCGAGCCAUACCAUGACCCUGAUGAUGAGCCUACGGCUGAUCCCAUCCCCGAGGAAUUCUUCGAUUUUGACAAGAACAAGGACAACCUGACAAAGGAACAGUUGAAGCGUAAGUCUAUAACAGCAGUUAUGUUACGGAAAUGCUGA